AUGAGUAUGCAAUUUCUUUACGAAGAUGGAAAAGGACAUGUUGUUGAUGAGCACGGAGUUGAGCCGAUGGAUCUUGUUGUUGACGAGGAGCUAUUCGCUAUCGAAACAAUAAGCUCUCGUACUCAAUUCCUAAUGAAUAAACCUCCGGAAAGAUAUUCUAAUCCUGUAAUGCAUCCAGUUUCAGACGAUAGGAAUAAUGAUGUUGAUAUGGAGUUAUUCAACAAGCGACGCUAUACAGUUUACUCUGAUGAUGAGAAAACGAGAUUUUUUCACCUAUUUUUUAGCAAAUGCUUAAGUGCUUCUGCUGCCGCGAGACAAUUAGGUAUUCAUAUUCGUGCAGCUCAGAGAUGGGUCAAACGUUAUUAUGAAGAUCCUGAGAGUAUUUUCGAAAAAAAAGAAAAAGUCAGGUGCAUUGAUGAGAAUCCUUCUGCUGUUUUAACUGAAGUGGUAGGAAGUUUAAUGCAAAACUUUGUAGAUCUUAAUGUUUCUCGUAGUACUGUUUAUAACUUCAUGACAACGCAGUGCAAUCUAUCAAUUAAGCAGGUGCAGUUCCAUUCUGUAGAAAGAAACAGCGAGGAAAAAAUUCAGCAAAGGUACGUUUGGGUCCAAAAGUGGCAGCAAACUGACAUGGACUUUACAACAAAUUGUGUCUUUCUGGAUGAAUCAGCCUUUCACAUUAAUUUGAAACGAGGUAUGGCUUGGUCAAAGAAGGGAACUCCUGCAAUAGUUACAGUGCCUAUGACUAAAGCGAAAGCAACAUCUAUUUUAGGUGCCAUAUCGGCCACUGGCUUAAUUAAUGUUAGUUUGAGAGUUCCAAAGCGUAUCAAAAAGAGAAAGCUUGGACAUGAGACUGACGUUUAUAGCACAGGAACACAAUGUUUUGAAUGUCGAAAGACAUACAGCACUCCACAAUCCCUUCGAGAACACAUGCAAAAGCACAAUAUACAAUUGCCACAACGAAUAACAGGAAUCAGACGAUAUAAUAAUGAUGAAUAUACCUAUGUUAAGGCUACCAAAUCACACGAUGACAUUGAGAAGCACUUUGGCUGCCCUGCAUGCAUCGCUCAUUGUAUGGAAAUCGACGAGUUGAAGACCCAUUAUUAUGCCAACCAUUUAGAAACCUUGCCAGAACAAUCACAGACGACAUCGCAGGAAGAACCAGCAACAGGGCAACAACAAAGCUACAACAGCCAAGACCAGCCUAACAAACGUCGCUUAAGCAAUAUCCUUGGAACUGAGUUGUUGGAUCCAUUAUGCCUAUCGUUUCCGCCUCUUGAUCACGAUGACCAUUUGUUGGUACAAAACUUCGAUGCAACAAUGGCGUUUCAUAAGCUGCAGCUCUCAUUAUGUCAACACAAAUGGAAACUAUCACUCGAAAAUCACAUCCACUGCGCCAUGGCAGCCACCCACAUUUUGCUCUUGUCACGAAAUCAGUACCCAGAGGAUUUAUCACCCUAUUUCAGCAAUCACGACCUCAAGGCAACCAUCAAUGGGAUUGAGACAAAAUAUGGCAUUAAAAAGCUUCCAAUGUCAAUGGCGACGACUACCAGCAUGAUCGGCAUCGUUCAAAAUCUUACCAUGGGAGUAAUCAGUCGAGAUAAAGCGAUUGCACACCUUUUGGAUUUGGACCUCCCCACAAAUGAGAACAAGUUCAAAAAAUGCAUAAUCGAUUUGAUUCGGAAGCUUCCUCCCGUACCUUUGCAGAAGACAUCAACGAAUUUGAACUUAGCACUCGAUACGUUGAUCCUUUUUUAUCUGGUUUAUUUGACGAUCCGGACGAGGGCAUAUACCUACGAAGCUCGACAGAAUGAAGAUUUAUCAACAAAACGUCCCGAUAUAUGUAUAAGUCGUUUACAUGGGAUGACAUGGGCGUCGAAUCAUGGCUAUGGGGAAGUUAAGUCAGCUGCUCAAGGUGGUAACAAUUAUUCGAUUUGUCGGGAUCUACUUCGCGUUGGUAUAUUCUGCAAGAAUGCUCUCGAUACACAUAACAUGGAAGGUGUACUGGGUCUGCAGGUUAUUGGAAGAAUGGUUACGUUUUAUGUCUUGGUUUUGCCAUCAACAGGACUUUAUGUCAUGUACGAGCUGGAAAAAAUCAAGAUUCCUAGCUGCUUGUAUGAUUUAACUAAACUUAUUGUGGAUAUGCCUCGCGUUUGUCGCGUACUUGACACCUUCAAUCGCAUCUGCAAACCAUCAGUCCAUCAAGCAAUGCCUAGCCGACACCGCCCAACGAUCACGACGUCUGCCUUCAAUGGCGUUUUUUCACCAUCCCAAGAUCGCAAAAGAUCAUGUCAUUUGAAAUAUCAACAUAAUUAG